AUGUUCCAGAUCCGCGUCGAAGCCGACGCUGCGCACGUCACGGCUGAUGACGCAAUCCACUCAAUCAACGACAGCGCUUCCUUCCUCACUGGCAACCCGCAGGUCCGCGUCAUCACGGGCAAGUUGCGGUUCUACCGAGCAGACGAGACGUACACCACCUCGACGGUGUCGAUCUCGAACCAAGCGAAUAGCUCAAGCAGUUUCAGUGGUACAAGCACCACUAGCAGCGCGGUACUAACGCAGCAACUGCCGAGUGAACGCAGUGCAUUGGUGUGCGUCGUAACAGUCCCGUCGCACAUGUCGCCGGUCGAGAUCCUCGAGUUCCUGUCGAGUUUUCGAGAAAACAUUGCGCUUGUGCGGGUUCUCAAGGACUCGGAGCGAAAUAAUUGUAUGGUGCUCGUGCAAUUCCAGACCCAAGACCGAGCGGACCAAUUCUUUUUGGAGCAUACGGGCAAGUACUUUAACUCGAUCGAGCAGGAACGGUGCAAGAUUGUGUUUGUGCGAAGCAUCGAGUUUGACCUUGUAGCUGGUGAAGAUCAAUUGACCUGCGACGCACUGGAAGAGAAAGAUGCAGGUGGCGACAAGAUUGUCGCGAGUGGGUUGAUGAGCUCCCAGGCAGAGUCGAGAACUAGUAGAAUGCAGAUGCGUAAACUGUUCCCGUUGCCACCAGCUGGAAUGACGGAGAUCCCGACGUGUGCGGUCUGUCUAGAUCGCCUCGAUGCUUCGGCGUCGGGCAUUCUGACGACGCUGUGCAACCACUCUUUCCACUGUGACUGUCUCUUCCGAUGGGAAGGAUCGAGCUGUCCAGUAUGUCGAUAUAGUCAUGGCGACAUUGGGUCGUCGUGCGAGGUGUGCGGUACAGCUGAGCACCUCUGGAUCUGUCUGAUCUGUGGCCAUGUUGGCUGUGGACGCUACUCGGGUGAGCAUGCUAAAGAGCACUAUCAGGACACACUACACACGUACUCGUUAGAGUUGGAGACUCAGCGCGUGUGGGACUAUGCCGGGGAUGGCUAUGUCCAUCGACUGAUUUUGAACAAGCAGGAUGGGAAGUUUGUGGAGUUCCCAAGCCCGAACAAUCUUAGCAGCGAGCGCUCGCAGCAUCCUCCGACUACUUCAGCAGAGGAAGAAGAAGGCGAACAUCGGAAGCUUGAAAAGCUUGCCGUCGAGUACAACUUUUUGCUCAAGAGUCAAUUGGAGGAACAGCGUCUCUAUUACGAACGGCUGCUUGCACGAGUUGAGGAAGGCGAGAGCCGACAGCUGCUGAAUGCACACGAGCACGAAUGCAAGCAUCUCAAGAAAGCAAAUACGACGCUAGCUGAAAAGACCAAGAAGCUCGAGGAGGAGCUGGCGUUUGUAAGAGAGCUGAACAAGUCGUUGAUCGAGAACCAGAAGCAGUGGAAGGAGCGCGUGUGUCAGCUCGAGGAGCACAACGCACGUGUUGAGCAGGAGACAGCAUUGCGGGUUGGUGAUUUGGAGGGCCAGGUCCGCGAUCUGAUGUUCUAUCUUGACACGCAGAAUAAGGUUGAACAUAGUGCACAUCGAGAGGAUAUUGUGGGUGGCACGGUUGAAAUCGAAUCCAAGACGGUAGCUAGCGAGAAAAGUGCCACGACUUCUUCGACAAGACGAAAGAGCAAAGGCAAGAAACGGUAG